AUGCACGUCAUCUCCACCCUGGCCGGCCUGACAGCCGUUGCACCACUGGCAGCGUUCGCUAGUCCUUUGGCACGAUCUUCCACCUCGCAAUUGCCAAUCAUCAAUACCACCCUGGGUGAUGUGCAGGGUCAACACUCACCUUUUCGUGGCGGUGAUGUGGCUGUUGUCUAUAAAGGAAUUCCUUUUGCUGCUCCCCCUACAGGAGACAAUCGCUGGAAGGCUCCUCAACCUGCCACAUCGUGGAGUGGUGUUCUCAAUGCGACUGAGUUUGGUCCUCAGUGUGCCCAGACUAUCAGCAGUGCGGGUAUCUUCAGCAGUGGCAAGACUACUACGAGCGAGGACUGUUUAUACCUGAACAUCUGGACGCCCAACUACAACGACACUUCGGACAUUACAUCUAAGAAUCUACCCGUGUACUUCUGGAUCUAUGGUGGUCGGUUCGAAGGAGGCUCGGGAGAUGUGCUGACCUACGAUGGCACCGGUCUCGCAGCCAAAGACAUCAUUGUCGUGACCAUCAACUACCGUCUGGGUGCAUUCGGUUACCUUGCCCACCCCGAGCUUUCCGCUGAGUCCGGCCACAACAGCUCCGGCAAUUACGGCAUCCUUGAUCAGCAGGCUGCGCUGCGUUGGGUCCACGAGAACAUCGCCAACUUCGGUGGAAAUGCCAGUCAGAUCACUGUGGGCGGACAGUCGGCCGGCUCUGCCAGCGCCCUCGACUCCAUGUGGAGUCCUCUGAACAAGGGCCUGGUGGCGGGUGUCAUCGCCGAAAGUGGUGCGCGUGGCCCUCACGACCCUAUGACGGGUAGUGCAGCAACCAGCUACCGUACCAAAGCUGCUGCUGAAGCCCAGGGCGUUGAGCUCCUGAAGGAGUUGAAUGUUACCAGCCUUGCUGCGGCCCGUAAGGUUUCUACAGAAACGUUGAUUGGAUACGACUCGCUCAGCGACACCAUCUUCGAAGGCACCCAGUUCCAGAACCUGUCCAGCUUCUUCAUGGAACCGCCCAUGUGGCGCCCAAACAUCGAUGGCUACGUCCUCCCUUACGGCUACGGCGAGUCGCUGUCUCUUGACGCGCACCUAGACGUGCCCAUCCUCACUGGAAACAACAAGGAUGAAUCGGGCGCCAGCCCUGACCCAGGCUUGACCGUCGCCAGCUACAAGGAGCUCUACACCGAGUUGUUCGGGAACAACGCCAGCCAAUUUUUUGACCUCUACCCCGGUCAGAGCCUCGCCCAGGCGAACAACAACUCGAACGAGUUCUACCGCGACCUGAGCCGUGUCGGCACCUGGCAGUGGUCAGUGGACUGGGCCGCCGGUGGUGCCAGAAGCCCCGUCUACACCUACUACUUCACCCGCAGCCCUGCUGAGAACCGCGACGAGGGUGCGUACCACGGCUCGGAGCUCUGGUACAGCUUCAACAACAUCCCCUACUCGGACUACUCCAACGUGACCUGGUACCCUUACGAUUACAUUGUCGAGGAGCGCAUGUCCAACUACUGGGCGAACUUCAUUCGGACCGGCAAUCCCAACGGGGAUGGACUGCCCGAGUUCGCCCCCAGCACUAAGGACAAGCAACAGACGAUGUGGCUGGGCAACUCCUGGGGAUCGGGCCCUCUUUCUGCUGACGACUCGCGGAUUGAGUUUAUGGAGGCUUGGUUGGCGACAAUGCCUGAGUGGUAG